CUUUUCUUUUCUUUUUUAUUUUUUUGUGUCUCAGAUCUCAGUGAGUCACUCAUGUGAGGUUCUGUCUUUUUUAAUUUAUUAUUUCUAUUUGAUAAAAAAGAAGAGAGAAAUGUCUCCCCAGUUUAGAAGGGUUUCCCCAGUAUGACCUCACCGGGCAGGCGCUCCUCCUCAGCGGGUUCUCCUCAUCAGGCUGCCUCCCUGAUCCUCUGGAGGAACCAGAUUUCAUCUUUAAUCUGGGCUCUGUGAUCUGGAAGUGUCGCAGGAGAAAUAAGUUUAUGCUUUGACUCCAAACUCGGACCUCCAGAAGAGCGAAGAGACUAAAUCUGCAGCUGUCUGCUCCUCAGGGUCUUGGCGAUGGGGGGGUCCAAGAGUAAGCCUAAAGAUGUUGGCCAGCGAACCCGCAGCCUGGACAGUAACAACAGCUCGGGUGGAGGGGCUGGCGGUCACCACCACGGCUCCGCUCAACAGUCGGCGACACCCAACCGAAGCCCGACUGUGGACACAGGACUCAGUAAUAAUCAGUCACUGACCAAUAACGCUGAACUCACUCUUUUUGGAGGCGUGGACAAUAACAGCGUUUCUUCCUCUAACAGAUUAACUCUGGCGGGUGUGACGGCAUUUGUGGCCUUAUACGACUACGAGUCUCGAACAGAGACGGAUCUGUCUUUCAAGAAGGGGGAGCGUCUACAGAUCCUAAAUAACACUCUUUUAUUUUCCAGUUUAACAGACUUCACCUUGAUUUCUGUGUUUGUCUUUUUUUCUAGAUGGUUCUUUGGCAAAAUGACACGACGUGAUUCGGAACGGAUGCUGCUCAGUUUAGACAACAGAAGAGGGACUUUUGUGGUGAGAGAGAGCGAGACCACCAAAGGCGCCUACUGCCUGUCAGUGUUGGACUAUGACAACACCAGAGGGCUUAACGUGAAACACUACAAGAUUAGGAAGCUGGACAGCGGGGGCUUCUACAUCACAUCCCGCACGCCGUUCCCCAGCCUGCAGCAGCUCGUCAAUCAUUAUCGCAGCCAGUUACAGGUCUGGUUUGUUCUGUCAGGAACGUGGAACGGAACGACGCGGGUGGCGAUCAAGACUCUGAAGCCGGGGACCAUGUCCCCCGAGGCCUUCCUGCAGGAAGCUCAGGUCAUGAAGAAACUGAGACACGAGAAGCUGGUUCAGCUGUACGCCGUGGUAUCUGAGGAGCCCAUCUUCAUCGUAACAGAGUUCAUGGGCCAAGGAAGCUUACUGGAGUUUCUGAAAGGAGAGUAUGGUGCGUUGCUGCGCCUCCCUCAGCUGGUGGACUUUGCCUCUCAGAUCGCUUCAGGGAUGGCCUAUGUGGAGAGGAUGAACUACGUGCACAGAGAUCUCCGAGCUGCUAACAUCCUGGUCGGAGAUAAUAUGGUUUGCAAGGUGGCUGAUUUUGGGCUGGCUCGGCUGAUUGAGGAUAAUGAAUAUACGGCCAGGCAAGGCGCCAAGUUUCCCAUCAAGUGGACGGCUCCUGAGGCGGCGCUCUACGGCCGCUUCACCAUCAAAUCUGACGUCUGGUCAUUUGGAGUCCUGCUGACCGAGCUGGCCACUAAAGGCCGUGUUCCCUAUCCAG